AUGGAUACAAUUCGAUUAUUUCUUCGUUCAAAUAGUUUUCGAAAUUCUCGAAUAAAAACUGAUUUCAAUAAUGAAAUAUUACCAAUGCAAUCGAAUCUAAUGAGUAUAGAAAAAGAAAAUUUCUUAAUUGAAAAUGAUAAAAAUGAAAUAUUAACACAACAAAGUUCAUCACGUGAAAAAUUAUCUGGUGAUAAUCUUAAAUCAUACUUAUCAAAAGAUCCAUCAUCAAGUUCAUUAUCUUCAAAUUUUGAAAUAGUUUCACCAACUAUUGAAAUAUGUUCGGAUUUAUCAAUUCCAUUAUCGAAUAAUACAAUACAUAAGAAUAUUGUUGCAAAUGCAUCAGCAUCAAUAUUAAAUGCGCAUACAUUUACAUAUGAAAAUUUUUCGAAAGAACAUCAUCAUAAAAAUCAACAAAGGUAUUCAACGAUUCUACAAGAAAAUCUUAAUCAUUUAUCAUCAUUAUCAUUUACAAUGAGACGAACAAAAUCAUAUCGUUAUUCAGAUCGAAUAAGAAAAUCUUCAAUUAUUUAUAAAUAUUCAAGUGAAAAAAUGAAACGUCGAAUUAUUCAAGUAAAUCGUUCAACAAAAUCUAUCAGCUUUCCACUGUCAACUAACAUAAACAAUCAAUUCUAUCCUAUUGCUUCACAACAAAUAUGUUCAGUAAAACCAACAGCUACAAAUGCUUUUCUAACAGCAGCUUCAAUACUGAAAUAUUGGCCUUUUCAAUCAACUUAUCGUCAAAGAAAUGAAGAAUUUAGAAAAGUUUUUAAAGAUUUAUCAAAUGAUGAACGAUUAAUUGUUGAUUAUUCAUGUGCAUGGCAAAAAGAAAUCUUAAUACAAGGUCGAAUGUAUAUAUCACAAAAUUAUUUAUGUUUUUAUGCUAAUUUUCUUAAAUGGGAAACAAGUUUAUGUUUAAAAUUUAAAGAUAUUGUUGCAAUAACACGAGAAAAAACAGCUAAAGUUAUUCCAAAUGCAAUUGAAAUUCGAUCAAAUAAAAAUGAAAAAUAUUUUUUUGCAAGUUUUGCAACACGUGAUAAAACUUAUGCUAUGAUAUAUCGAAUAUGGCAAAGUAUUUUAAUUGAUCAACCAAUAUCUUCUCAACAAUUAUGGAAUUUGAUUCAUCAAUGUUACGGAAAUGAUUUAGAUAUGACAACUGAUGAAGAAGAUACUUAUAAUAAACAAUCAAAAACUUCUACACCUGAAAAAAAUUCUCCAAAACAACAAACGAAAAACGAAACAAAUGAUAAAUAUUGUAGUGUAACACCAAAUUCACUUUGUUCAAAAUCUAGUGAAAAAGAAGAAAUUGACGAUCAUUCAAGUAUAUCAUCUUAUAGUGGACGUCAAAUAGAUGAUGAUAAUUAUAAUGAUGAUGAUAAUCAAGGUAUAAUACCUAUUGGAGAAGAAGCAAAUACAAAUACACUAAUACGUCAAUCAAAUUCAAAUAUAAAUAAACAAGAUAAUUCUUUUAUAACAAUGUCAAUUAUUCCAGAAACAAAUUAUCUUUCAAAAUGUCCAUGUGAAUCGCAUUUAGCUACUCAAUUAAUUGAUCGAACAUAUUCAUUGUCGGUUGAACGUCUUUUUGAUUAUUUAUUUGGUGAUAAUGAUUUUGUUGUUGCUUAUCAUGCAUCACGUCGUAUUAAAGAUUAUCAUGCUGAUGAAUGGAAUCAUAAUGAAAAAACAGGAAAACGAGAACGUUUAUGCACUUAUAAAGUUGGUGUUGCUGCAGUUUUUGGUGCAACAACCAUUUGUUCGAAUGAAAAACAAGUUAUUCAAUGUGAACUAUCAAAAUCUCAUUAUAUAGUAGAUACAGAAGUUCGAAAUGAAGGAAUUAAAUAUGCUGAUGCUUUUUUUGUUGCAUCUCGUUAUUGUCUUGUACAAACUGGACCUAAUAAAUCACAUUUAAAAGUUACUUGUGAAGUUAGAUAUCUUAAAAGUUUAAUGAUUAUUAUUAAAUCAUUCAUCGAAAAAAAUGCAAUGGCUGCUCUUCAAGAUUCAUAUACAGAUUUGAUAAAACGUAUUGAUAUUAAUUGUUCAAAACGUCCACGAUCUUCGAGUACAACAAGGAAUACUGAACAAGAUAAAGAAAAUCAACCAAAAAGGAAACAUUCACAAAAACAACAAUCAACUAAAUUAAAUUCUACAACCAAUGAUUCUUCAAUAGAUCAACAACGAAAACAAACAACUCACAAAGAACCUAUCCAUCACACUCAAAGUGGAACGUUAGUUUUAUCUUCGUCAUCAGAUGCAUCAUCUUCUUCGGUAUGGUCAAAAAACCAUUUGUUAGUUCCAUUUUGUUUAAUAAUAAUAUUAAUCCUUGUUAGUGUGAAUAUAUUUUUAUGCAUUAAAUUAAAUGAAAUCGAUCAAAUGACUGAUCGUCUUUCAAAAAAUUCUCCAUUAUGGUCACAAGGAUAUUCGUAUCCAAAAGAAGAAUAUCAAUGGUCUUUAUUAUUAAAAAGACAAGAAGAAUAUUAUCAAGCGAAAUUAACUGGUCUUCGUUCUGUUUUAAUAUCAACUCAUAAUGCAUUAAAAAAUGUAACAGAUGCUCUAAAUGAAUUAACCAAAGUAAGCAGUGGAACAAGUUCAAAUGCACCUAUGGAUCAUCUUCAUUCACUCUAG